AUAUUAUCUUUAAUAUAUUAAUAUAUAUUUUAAUAAUAUUUCGAUAUUAAUUGGGCGUAUCGAAUAUUAUUUUAGUAUUUUUUCGAAUGCGGUUCAGUGAUCCGAUCGUCUGGUUAGAGUUAAUAUGGCCACAGUCUCGUGUCCUUGUAAGACUAGAAAUGUUUGUCGGAAUUUUGAUUAUAAGGCCGUGUAAAAGUGAAAAUAGAACGGUUUUAUUUAUUAGGAAAGCUUAAAGUUUAUAUAUAUUUAUUUGAUUGAAUAAAUACUUUGGAAGUUUCGAGUCAAAAUGUAUAUUGUGUGUGGUAAUUCCAUUAAGCCUAAUCUACUGUAGUGUUUUUGAAAUGAAUUAAAUAUUUGGGGAUAGUUUUUUUUUUAAAUAAAAAUGUCUCCGGUUGGAGAAAAAACUCACGAGAGGAUAAUUACUCAUCCUCCUCAUUAUUACCAAGAAUUGCCUUCUCAGCAAGAAGAACGAUUGGAGAAACUGUUUAAGCAACUCGAUGUGGAUGGAGACGGGAGGAUCAAUAUAAAAGAUUUAACCAAAUCCUUCCAGAAAUUAGGCGUCCCGUACGAUUCAAAUCAUGUCCAGAGGUUUUUUGAAAAGUCUGACUUGGCAAAGAGUGGACAUGUAGAUUUUGCAGAGUUUGUUCAUUAUGUUAUUGAACAUGAGAAACGACUGAUGGUAGUUUUUAAAAGUCUUGAUGAAAAUAAAGAUGGAAAAAUUGACAAGAAUGAAAUAAUGAAUGCAUUUGAAAGAUUAGGUAUAUUAAUUGAGGAACAAGAAGCAUUAAAAUUAUUAAAACGAAUGGAUAAAGAUGGAAAUUUGACAAUCACAUUUGAUGAAUGGCGAGAUUAUCUUUUAUUUCAUCCUAGUUCUGAACUUCGUGAUAUUAUUAAAUACUGGAGGCAUGCUACAUUUGUCGAUAUAGGUGAAGAUACACUUGUUCCUGACGAUUUUACGGAAACUGAAAUGCAAACUGGAAUGUGGUGGCGUCAUCUAGUGGCUGGAGGUGUAGCAGGAGCUGUAUCUCGUACUGGAACAGCACCAUUAGAUAGGUUAAAGGUAUUUCUUCAGGUAAGGGGAAGCGAAUUUUCAUCUAUAUCAACAUGUUUGAGGCAUAUGUUAAAUGAGGGAGGAAUUAAAUCUUUAUGGAGAGGAAAUGGUAUCAAUGUAGUGAAAAUUGCCCCUGAAAGUGCUAUUAAGUUUAUGGCUUAUGAACAAACAAAACGAAUAAUCAAAGGAAAUAGAGCGCGUGAAUUGAGUAUUUAUGAGAGGUUCAUGGCAGGUUCCAUAGCUGGUGGCAUUUCCCAAACUGUGAUUUAUCCCAUGGAAGUAAGGGGAAGCGAAUUUUCAUCUAUAUCAACAUGUUUGAGGCAUAUGUUAAAUGAGGGAGGAAUUAAAUCUUUAUGGAGAGGAAAUGGUAUCAAUGUAGUGAAAAUUGCCCCUGAAAGUGCUAUUAAGUUUAUGGCUUAUGAACAAACAAAACGAAUAAUCAAAGGAAAUAGAGCGCGUGAAUUGAGUAUUUAUGAGAGGUUCAUGGCAGGUUCCAUAGCUGGUGGCAUUUCCCAAACUGUGAUUUAUCCCAUGGAAGUGUUAAAAACAAGACUUGCUUUAAGAAAAACUGGUCAAUAUUCUGGUAUUUGGGAUGCAGCAACAAAGAUAUAUCGUCAUGAAGGCAUGAGGAGUUUUUACAGGGGGUAUAUCCCCAAUCUUUUAGGAAUCAUUCCAUAUGCAGGGAUUGAUCUUGCUAUUUAUGAGACUUUGAAGAAAAUGUAUUUAAGACGACAUUCAUUAGAAGAAGAUCCUGGUGUUCUGGUAUUACUUGCUUGUGGGACGAUUAGUAGCAGCUGUGGUCAAGUAGCUAGUUAUCCACUGGCAUUAGUCAGAACAAGACUACAGGCACAGACGGAAAGGCAAGAAAAUUCUAUGUUAUCACUUUUUAGAACAAUCGUGCAGAGAGAAGGUUUUAUGGGUCUCUAUAGGGGCAUCACACCUAAUUUUAUGAAAGUAGCCCCAGCAGUCAGCAUCAGUUAUGUUGUUUACGAGCAUGCGAGAAGGGCUCUAGGAGUAUCAAUGACAUAGUCUAUGCAGCAAACAUGCUCGUGUGUUAGCUUAAAAUCGUCUGAUCAGUCCGUCGGAUAAAAAAACAACUGAAAAUAAUUUAUCAAAGGAGGCAGUUUGUUGAGGGAAUGAUAAACUCCUGAUAAUUUUGAAGAUUAGGCAUUAAAUAAAGCAUUUGUUUUUUUUUAAUUUCCUGUGAUCUAGUUAUUUUCAAAUUAAAGUAUUUACAUAAAUAUACCUUUAAUCUGUUUUUUCACAUCAUUGAAUUCCAAUGUGUUGUUACUUAUUUUGUAAUUCUUGUAAAAUAAUGUAAAUUGAAUUAUGUAUAUACUGUACAUAAAAGUAUAUACAAGGGGAGAUAAGUAAAAUGCCUUUCUUCAGCAAGAGCAAUUCAUUUGAGAUGUGCUAAUUCUGUCAGCAACAAUAGUUAUAUUUUUGCUAUUAUUAGAUGAGUAUUGCUUGUACAUACAUUACCUAAUUUAGAUAUUAAAUUCUUCAGUGUGUGUACUUACUAUUUAUUUCUUACAAAUUAGAUUACUGUUAUAAAAUGUAGGUAAACUCCUCCUUACAAUAAAAUGCUUUUUUAUAAUUGUAAAUAUUACUGAUUGUUCUUUCUGACAAGAAAAUAUUUGAAAGCUUACUUAUUUGUAAAUCCUGUUUGUACAUUAGCAGCUUUAGUUAGUUUGUCAAGAUUAGAAAAUAUUUUGAUUGUGCUUAAAAUUGUUUUGACGAAAUGUCAGAUUUGAUUUUUGUAAUAAUGGUACGUAUUUAUAAAACAUUUUUAUUUAUACAAGUUUUUUAAUUGCCCUUUUUAAUUUUCAUUAUUUGUUAUUGUUAACUACUCAUCAUACAGAUGGAUUGUUUUAUAAAUUGACAAAAUGUUUUUGGUGGAUAGUUCCAUAAAUUAUAUUACUAAAGAAUAUGUGAUAUAAAUUUAUGCAGGUAGAAUUGUUUGUGUUGUUUUUAAUUUUAAGUAAUUUUGGUAUGACUUUCUGCCCAUUAAGAAAAGCAAGAAAGGUCCGACUAGAAUUAUUUUGAUGCUUAGUUAAUUUGUAAAUUUUUUUUAUUAAUAAUUAUUCUGUUCUUGUUGUUCUGAUCUCUGGAACUGUUAACCGACAAAAACAUAUGAAUCUUUACUGCCAUGUUUAGUGAUUUAAUGAUUCAUGUAUGAACUAUCAUAGGUUAUAUUACAUAUGAUCAUCCAGUUGAAAAAAAUUCAGAAAUAAAUACCUAUGUUUGUCUCAUGAACAUGAUUAUGUUCAUGAAAGAAUCAUGUUCAUGAAAGGUUUAAUGUAACUUAUGUAGUUCAGGUUGUUUAAUUCUAAUACAAAAAUAAAAAUUUGAUAAGUUAAAAACAUAUUUAUUUAAAUCUUGUUACAUUAAAAGUAAUUUGCAUUUAUUAGAGAGCUGAUCAAUAUCUAAGCAGCAUUGUUUAAUUAAAACCCUUGAGUAUUUGCAUUAACACACAAAACUGCAUACGAAGUGCCUUCUGUUUUGCAGCUUUAUUAAGGGUUUAGUUGACAAAUGGAAGUAUUCAAUGAAAGUGAAUUAUGAAGCAUAAUUUUAGACAUACAGAAGUCUGUGUUAUGUGAAAUGGGCUGAAAACAUUAAAAUUUAAAGAAAUGUAUUGUUAGUCAAUGUGAAUCUUUUGAGUUUUUAAUUGAAAUUUUUCAAAAGUAUUUGCUCUCUCUCUCUCAAAAGUAUCUUAAAUUUCAAAUUGUUACAUUAUCUAAAAGUGUUUGUGUAGAUUUCAGAUUCAAAA